AUGGACAACGAUACUAAAAUAAAUCUGGGACAGGAGAACUGGAAAGACUUGCCAGGACUAGAUAAAGUGCCACAGUUGCCUAAAAAAACAUCUGUUGACUUAUACACAAGACUUCUAUUGGACAAUGAAGCCUCAUGGAUUGCCAUGGCUAAUUUAUUCAGAGAGUGCAAUAUGGAGAAGAACAUAUGCUUUGCAUAUGAAAAGGCAUUAUCAAACAAUCCUCUGUCAAAGGAUGCACUUUCAAUGCUUGGACCUAUUUACAGGAGGAGGAGGGAGUUUGGGAAGGCACUUGAUGUAUUUUUAAGAUUAUAUAAAGUAAUGCAGGGAGAGGACACUGGCACAGCCAUAAACAUAGCGUACUGUUACCUCAUGCUGGACAGAUUUUUAGAGAGUCUUGCUUGGUAUAAAAUGGUUGCAAAGAAUGCCUCACAAAUAAAGGAGAAGAAAGGGUUCUUGUGGUACGGGGUGGGUGUAUUCUAUGAAAGGAUGAAUAAUUUACAGAUAGCAGAGGAGGCGUACGCUGCAUCUAUAAAGAUAGACCAUACAUCAGAGUAUAUACCAGAAGUGUACUUCCGACUGGGGGUUACUUACAAGAAGAAAGGGGCAAUUACAGCGGCAAUGGACUGCUUUGAGUACUUACUGCAUAAUAUUUCAUCGAAGAGUCACCAUCCAACUAAGGAUGAUGUACUGAUACAGAUAGCACAUGCUAAUGAAUUACAGUCACGUGAGAUGGAAGCCAUAGAUAUUCUUAAAGGAGUGUGCCAGCUCAACCCAAGGCAUGAGAAGGCUGCUAUGCUUUUAUCGUGGUUAUAUUAUAAGGAAAGGAAUUGGGAAGUGGCACGGGAUGUAUUAUGCACACACCACCCAGAAGCACUCUCUGCAUUUUCCUGGUACUUAUUAGGGAGGAUUGAGCAGAAAUUGGAAAAUUAUGAGGAGGCGUACAGGUGCUACAACUUUGCAUUAAAACAAGACAGUCAGAAUCAUAUUUAUUGGAACAGUUUAGGGGUUCUGUACUUUAACCUGUCACAAUAUGAAGAUGCCAUGCGUGCAUUUAAAGAAGCAAAAAAGCACAAUCCCGGGUACGUUGAGGCUGUAUAUAAUUUGGGGGUAGUGCACGAACAAUUUGAGAGUACUUUACAGAGCGCACUUGAAAUAUAUGAGGAGGCCAUUGGGAUAUUCCCAGAGGACAGGCUUGUGCUUGAACGGAUUGAAGAGGUUGAAGAAAAAUUAACCAGAGAGGGAGAAGAUCCUUCCUCUCCUUAUAUAGCACCGGACAUACCCUUACGUGACGUACUGCCUAACCCAGGGAAGACGCCUUAUUUCCUUGCACACUCCCUUCUUGGAUACCGACCAACUGGGUUUAUAUUCUCAGCAGCAGAGAAGGAUGAGAUUGAUAAAUUAGCAGGGAUGUUCCAUACGCAUAAGGAAGCAAGGCACUCUUAUAAUUCACACCAUGAGUACACUGAUAAUGAAAGAGUCUCCUGUACAAGCAGAGAUCCAAAUUACCCUGAAGAUGUGAAUGAAGAAGUGCCAGGGAGAGUACGCCCAGAUAUGCCUGUACAGAAGGAUAGGGAUGUUAAUACAUUUACUGAAUACUCUGAUGGGUCUAAUAGGGAUUUUUAUGAAUAUGACCAAUCAGAGGAAAGGGUGCCUGAUUCAUAGAUAUCUUAAAUGGUUCAUUCUUACUGUAAUAAAA